GAAUUCGGACAGAGAAUGCAAGCAUUGUCUACAGUUUUCCUGCUUUGUGUCUGGAAUAUCGUUCAUGGUCAAAUUCGCUAUGCUAUUCAUGAAGAAUUAAAGCAUGGUGCCUUCGUUGGGAACAUUGCUCAAGAUCUUGGGCUGGAUGUGAGAGAGCUGUCUAGUCGCAGGCUCCGCAUAAUGUCUGCAGUAAGAAAACGGUAUUUCGAGAUUAAUUUAGAGAAUGGCGUUUUGUUUGUGAAUGAAGUAAUAGACCGGGAGUACGUAUGUAGGCAGAGUCCUACUUGUUUUAUGAAUCUGGAGGUUGUUGUAGAAAACCCAUUGGAACUCUAUCGUAUUGAAGUGGAGAUACUAGAUAUAAAUGACAAUUCCCCCACUUUUUCGAAUGCUGAGAUCCGUUUGGAGGUCCUAGAAUCAGCGCCACCGAGAACUCGAUUCCUUCUUCAGAGUGCCCAUGAUCCCGACCUGGGCAUCAAUUCUGUGCGCAUUUACUAUCUCAGUCCAAAUGAACACUUUGCUUUAGAAGUGCAGAAUAGCGGGGACGAUAGCAAGUUUGUCCACCUACUCCUGGAGAAAUACCUGGACAGGGAACAACAGGCGAUUCAUCAUUUACUACUGACUGCUGUUGACGGGGGCAGCCCAGAGCGAACUGGCACAGCCCAAGUUAUCGUCACUGUCCUCGAUGUCAAUGACAACUCCCCUGCAUUUGACCAGAUGUUCUAUAAAGCCAGUUUAAUGGAAAAUGUACCGAUAGGUACUGCAGUUAUCAAAUUGAAUGCCACCGAUCUGGACGAAAGCAUUAAUGCAGAGAUUGUGUAUUCUCUCAGCGACCUUACUCCAAGUAAGGUCCGCGAACUCUUCAGUAUGGACUCCCAAACAGGUGAAAUUAUAGUAAAAGGGAUUAUAGACUUUGAAGAAGCCAAGACUUUUGAAAUUAUAGCGGAAGCCAAAGACAAAGGUCCAUUUGCACUCCCCGUGCAUUGCACUGUUCUCAUAGAUAUCAACGAUGUCAAUGAUAAUGCCCCCGAUAUGACUCUGAUGUCAGUGUCUAAUUCGAUCCGUGAGGAUGUACUUUCUGGAACUGUGAUAGCGCUGAUUAGUGUAACCGAUCAGGAUUCUGCAGAUAACGGACUAACUACCUGCCUGAUUCAUCCCAACCUACCGUUUGCACUCAGAUCGACUUUUAAAAAUACGUACACCGUAGUUGUCAAACACACACUGGACAGAGAAACUACGUCUGAAUACCAAAUUGGGAUCUCUUGCUAUGACUCAGGGUUUCCUCCUCUAUCCACCAAUAAAACUAUUCAAGUGCAGGUGUCAGACGUAAACGACAACCCUCCGCGCUUUGUUGAAAAGUUUCACACUGCAUAUGUGAUGGAGAAUAACGCUUUUGGGGCUUCCAUCUGCUCAGUUUCCGCUUUUGACCCUGACUUAGGUCCAAAUGCCCACCUUUCUUAUUCCGUUCUAGACAGCCUGGUCCAAGGUUUGCCCAUCUCAUCGUACGUUUCCAUCAAUUCAGAAAACGGAAUCAUCUUUUCGCAGCGCUCCUUCGAUUAUGAACAGCUCAAAAAUUUCCAGAUUGACGUUCAAGUGCAGGAUUCUGGUUUGCCUCCACUUAGCACUAAUCAUACGGUGCAUGUCGUCAUCCUGGAUCAAAAUGACAAUGCACCUGUAAUCGUAUUCCCGCUAACAAGGAAUGGAUCCGAAGUAACCAUUCCUCGAAUAGCAGAUCCAGAUUACUUGGUGGUCAAGGUCAUUGCGGUUGAUGCCGAUUCUGGGCAGAACGCACGAUUGUUUUAUCAACUUCUCCAAGCUACCGAUCAGAAUCUUUUCACCAUGAGGAUUAACUCGGGAGAAGUAAGGACGACUCGUCAAAUUGAUGACAGAGAUGUUGCGGUACAGAUGAUGGUCAUAUUGGUAAAAGACAAUGGGCACCCAUCCUUAUCUACCACUAUUACCAUCACACUCUCAAUAGUAGACAGUGCUGAAGAUGUCAUUCAUGCCGUUACAUUAAUGCCUAGAGUCCCUGAGUAUCCCUCUAGUGCAGCCUUUUAUGUAAUUAUAUCUUUAGGAGCAAUCACACUUACACUAAUGGUUGCCCUGAUUGCGCUUGUUAUCACAGUUUGUCGCAGUGCAAGUAAUGAUGAGGACUGGUGUUUGUGUUUUGAACAUAGCGAUUCAGAAACGAUAUAUCGAAAUUCCAAUUUAAAUUUUCACACAGUACCAGACUCCAGUCUAAUUAAAAAUGUUAUUGAAGUGCGUGGAUCUGGUUCUCUCGCUGAAACAUACUGUUAUACGCUUCGGUCUGCUCCAGAAUCGGUUAAAAGCGAUUCCAAGUUUCUGUCACCCUUAAAUGCAGCAUCCACCAGAUGCCAAUCUGAUGCUGUUGAUAGAUAUUUUUCAGACUGGAAUGUUAAAGAAAUGGGCAACACGACAAUUUUAGCCACUGAGGGAAACCUGGCAGAAACUUCUAAAUUACCUUGUCGUUCCGAGGUUACCUUCAAUGCCUCUGCUGCCCCUAAAGUGCACAAGCCACCAGCUGUCUCCGGAGCCCAGCAACGCUUUGGAGGUGGCUUCAAAGUGGGAGGUCAGACUACGUUGGCACAUGCCGGUAUCAAUGGUCCCAAAGACUGA